AUGGAGGGGGGCUGCAAUCACCAGUGUAAGUUGAGUGGCGGGAGAGGAGAAAGGGGGGGCUGAAACCCCCCGGUGCAACUAGAGUGAUGGGUAAUCGAGGCGUCUGCAACCAUCGCUGUAAGUUGAGCGAGAGGCGGAGGAGAAAGGGGGGGCUGAAACCCCCCAAGGCAACUAGAGUGAUGGGCAUUGGAGGAGGCAUGUGCAACCACCCAGCACUGUAAAUUGAGUGAGAGGAGGAAGAGAAGUGGGGCUGAAUUCCCUGGGGGAAGUAGAAUGAGCGGCAAUAUUGGGGGGGCUACAAGCAUCACUGUCUGUUUGAACCGCCCUCCCAUGUCUUGCCCUGGCUUUCCGUGGGAUUUUCACCCCCCACCGCGGCACCUUACUCGCCUUGCUCCCUACCCUUCCCUUUGGAGGUAGCAAAACCCCAGGGUAAGGGGGGCUUAAACCCCUAGGGUGGGGUGAGUGGAAGGGAUGGGUUGAGCCUAGAGCUCCUCAUGAUAGGUGGCAAAUGAGGAUUGGCGGCAAAUGAGGAUUGGCGGCAAAUGAUGAUAGGCGGCAAAUGAUGAUAGGCGGCAAAUGAUGAUGCCCUUUGCACUUGGUUAUCAUGUGUUGCCUGAUGGCCUGUCAUGUGUUCUCAUGAUAGGCGGCAAAUGAUGCCUAGAGGCAAAUGAUGAUGCCCCACGUGCUGCCUGAUGCCAUAAGGCCUAUCAUGUGAGUCUGUUGGUUUCCCCUGUUCCAAGGUGAGACCAUCCAAGCAAGUUCAGUGAGAGGGAGAGGAGAGAAGCGGCUUUAGACUCCCUGGGUGAGUUGAGUGCAGCUUGUCGAGGGGCGAUUGAGGGCGGCUGCAUCUACCCCACCAGAGUAAGUUGGGUGAGAGGGGGAUGGAAGGGGGCCUGAAAACCCCCAGGGUGAGUUGAGUGAGUGGCUAAGGGGGCCUGAAACCUCCAGGGUGAGUUAAGUGAGCAGCAAAGGGGGGUCUGAAACCCGCACGGUAGGGAGAGAGAGGGGCCAGGGAGGCUGAAAUUCCCUUGGUAAGUUCAGUGGGGGGCAGUGGAGGGGAGCUGCUGCUACCACAAGAGAAGUCAGUUAAGGGACAGAUAGCGGGGGCUGCAGCCUCCAGCGUCAGUUGACUGAGAGGGAGAGGAAAAAUGGGCCCUGAAAUCCGUUGGGUACGUUGAGUGAGCGGCAAAGGGGGCCUGGAACCCCCAAGGUGAGUUGAGUGAGCGGCAAAGGGGGCUAUGAAACCCGCAGGGUAAGGAGAGUGAUGGGCAAGGGGGGCUGAAACCACCUUGGUAAGUUGAGUGGGGGGCGAAGGGGGCCUGAAACCCCCAGGGUGAGUAGAGUGAGUGGCAAAGGAGUGAGGGACAAGUGGAGGGGAUUGGUUGCAAGCACGGGAGAAGUGAAUAGAGGGAUAGACAAGGGGGGCUGCAACAAGCAUGGGAGAAAGGGGGCCUGAAACCCCUUGGGUGAGUAGAGUGAGCCAGCAGCAGAGUCAGUUGAGUGGAGGGAGAUGAGGGAGUGGCGCUGAAUCCCCCGGGGUGAAAUGGAGGGCGGCUGCAUCUACAACCCUUGUAAGUAGAGUACAGGGGGGCCUGAAACCCCCUGGGAAACUAGAGUGAUGGGCAAUGGAGGCGUCUGCAACUCCACCGUACAUUGAAUUUCCUGGGGUGAGGAGAGUGAAGGGCAGAGGAGGAGUAGUUGAGUGAGGGACAAUGGAUUAGUGGCACUCUUGAGGAGUGGACUUGGGUAGUUGGCGGACUUGGGUAGUUGGCGGACUUGGGUAGUUGGCGGACUUGGGUGGUUGGCGGACUUGGGUGGUUGGCGGACUUGGGUGGUUGGCGGACUUGGGUGGUUGGCGGACUUGGGUGGUUGGCGGACUUGGGUUGUUGGCGCAGGUGACAUGUGCUGGGGGCAGGUGAGGUGUGUUUCGGUGCAGGUGACAUGUGCUGGGGGCAGGUAAGGUGUGUUUCGGUCCAGGUGACAUGUGUUGGGGGCAGGUGAGGUGUGUUCCGGUGCAGGUGACAUGUGCUGGGGGCAGGUGAGGUGUGUUUCGAUGCAGGUGACAUGUGCUGGGGGUAGGUGAGGAGUGUUCCGGUGCAGGUGACAUGUGCUGGGGGCAGGUGAGGUGUGUUUCGGUGCAGAGUGGUGGCAGGUGAGGUGUGUUUUGGUGCAGUUGACAUGUGCUGGUGGCAGGUGAGGUGUGUUUCGGUGCAGGUGACAUGUGCUGGUGGCAGGUGAGAAACACUGGGCGCAGCGGGGAUGUGUUGGGAACAGGGUAGAUGUAUUCUGUUCUGGUGGGAUGUGUGAUCUGGGGAGGGGGUGAGACGAGGUUGAGAGGAGAGGAGGUCAGACCAGGGGGUGAGACCAGGUGGUGAUCAAGGCUCUCGCUAGGCAUUUUCCACUUUCUAGGCGAUCAGACGGGCCCUUCACGCUCGUCUGAUCAUCAGACGCCCGAUCUUUCCGUUUCUGAAUAAUCAGAGGUUUUUGAGUAGAUUUUCUAGGAAAUCAGAAGUUUCAGGCUUGCAUUUCUAACUACAAGUAUUUCACCGGUAAUCAUUACGCCAGAACGAUCUUUCCUACUCAGAAUCACAAUCUAUAUCUCUAGUCUU